AUCGAAAUCAGCCAGCCCCCUGGGAAGCAUCAUCAUCAGAGCACCACCACUUUCAUCCCUAAGCAUCUAUCAGGCAUCUAUCUCCUCAGUCACCAGAGUAGAGUUUGUCCAGGCGAUGAAUUAAAACCACUGUCCAAUAUCUCGUUACCCCCAACCACAUUUGCAGAUAAUGAUAACGAUAGUGAACCUGCUAACCCACUAAGCUAUAAUCAAUUGCUAAGCGAAGCCGCUGGCCAGCUGCUGCAUCCCAAGGAGAGGGAAAUGGUGACCAAGACCAGGGAGAGUGAGAAUGGAACACGUCCCGUGCCUGUGCCCCGCACCAAAGCCGCAACUAACAAACUGCCGGCUAACGCUUCCGCAUCUUCCAAUGCUUCCUCCGCCGCUCCUGCUUCUCUUGCUACCUCUACUACCUCCAAACAGCCUUCACAGUUGCGACAGGAGAAGCCUCAGCCUCAACCACAACCGCAACCGCAGCACAUCACCCUGCCAGCUGGAAACGGAAGCGGAAAUGGCAGCAGCGUCUCCAAGAACGGCAAACAGAAGUCCGCCCGCAAGCUCAAAUAGCAAUUACUGAACCUGCUGAUGCACUACAGCUGCCUGCCGCACCUGGCGUGUGGCUCCAAAUGGCGUCCCAAAUACCUAUACCGACAGCUGGAACCCAAAUUGGAGAGCGAGCCCCAACCUGUCCACGUGUAACAAAACCCGGAGAUUGACAAGGAAUAAGCGAGAGUACAAAAAAACGCAUAUGCAACGAAACGGAGAAUGCUGUAAUUAAGCUUAUGAAGCGACUCUAAGACGAAGGGGUUAAACAGUUAACCAGGUCCUUGAUUUUUAGGAUUUUAAAUUAAAAAAAUAAACAUUAAAAGCGUUAAAAUGUAUUAAAUUAGAUACAAGAUUCAAAGUUUUACAUGUAGUACUAGUUAGACAAAAUUUUGGCUUGAGAAAUAAGGCUUAAAAAACGACCCCCUAGGAACGUCUAAGUCUUAAAGAACGACCCUCCCAAAACGUCUAAGAGUCGCUUGACUAACCCCAUCGCCAGGCUGCCUUAAAUAGGAAAUCCAUGCAAUAUCGUAGACUUAGCUUAGGAUAAAGAAAAGAAGCUAAUACUAGACUUAGGCCACCGCCAAGUGCUUUUGUUAUAAAAUAACUACCCCACACACACGCUCAAAAGCUUGGGAUCUGCUUAAAACACAUACAUAAAAACCAAAUAUAUACUAUACACACAUCCACA